UUGGAUUCGCAGGUCUUGUUUCUUCUCUCAAUUCUCUUCAUCCGGGUGAUCUCAUUCAAUUGCUUCCAUCUCUCUACCCCCCAAUUCAAUCCUAGGUAUGAUGACGCAGCCCAAGAGAUCGACACUCUGGCGUGGCAACUUCCCCUCCUCCUUGGUCCUCAAUUAAACUCAACAACCCACAUCCCCUCUUCUCCCUCUCCCUCUUUCUUCCUCCCCUUUUCCCCCUCCUUUUCAUCCCUCUUCUACCUCAAUUUCCCUGCUUCCUUCUCUCCAAAGAUUCUUCUUCCUCAAUCCUCCAAAUUAACCUAUUAUACUCAAUAUAGUCAUCAUGGCAACGAAAGCUUUGCCCGCUCACCUGCGAGCCCCCGCCAAUGAUGCCGCCGGUGGCUUUGGCAAGCAUCAUGGCAAGUCCCAGUCUCAUAUGGCCUUCGAGAAUGCCUCCACUAGCGUCGCCGCCUCCCAAAUGCGCAACGCCCUCAACGCCCUCGCCGAGACCGUCCCCGACGACUCCGAACGCAAGCGCUUCGAGGCCGAGACCGACAACUUCUUCGCCCUCUUCCGUCGCUUCCUCAAUGACAAGGCCAAGGGGAACGCCGUCAACUGGGACCGCAUCGCGCCCCCCCAGCCGUCCCAGGUCGUCAACUACGAUGACCUGGGCGGGGACGCCGCCGUCGAGUUCCUCAACAAGCUCGCCGUCGUCAAGCUGAACGGCGGUCUCGGUACCUCCAUGGGCUGCGUCGGCCCCAAGUCCGUCAUCGAGGUCCGCGAGGGCAUGUCCUUCCUCGAUCUCUCGGUCCGCCAGAUCGAGCACCUCAACCGCACCUUCAACGUCAACGUCCCCUUCGUCCUGAUGAACUCCUUCAACACCGACCAGGACACCCAGUCCAUCAUCAAGAAGUACCAGGGCCACAACGUCGACAUCAUCACCUUCAACCAGUCCCGCUACCCCCGCAUCAUCAAGGACUCCCUGCUCCCCGCCCCCAAGAGCUACGACGCCCCGCUCCAGGACUGGUACCCCCCCGGCCACGGUGACGUCUUCGAGUCGCUCUACAACUCGGGCACCCUCGACAAGCUGCUCGAGCGCGGCGUCGAGUACAUCUUCCUCUCCAACGCCGACAACCUCGGCGCCGUCGUCGACCUGCGCAUCCUGCAGCACAUGGUCGACACCCAGUCCGAGUACAUCAUGGAGCUGACGGACAAGACCAAGGCCGACGUCAAGGGCGGCACCAUCAUCGACUACGAGGGCAAGGCCCGCCUGCUGGAGAUCGCCCAGGUCCCCAAGGAGCACGUCAACGAGUUCAAGUCCAUCAAGAAGUUCAAGUACUUCAACACCAACAACAUCUGGAUGAGCCUGCGCGCCAUCAAGCGCGUCGUCGAGGAGAACGAGCUCGAGAUGGAGAUCAUCGCCAACGAGAAGUCCAUCCCCGCCGACAAGAAGGGCGACGCCGACCAGGCCAUCUACCAGCUCGAGACCGCCGUCGGCGCCGCCAUCCGCCACUUCCGCAACGCCCACGGCGUCAACGUGCCCCGCCGCCGCUUCCUGCCCGUCAAGACCUGCUCGGACCUGCUCCUCGUCAAGUCCGACCUGUACCGCCUCGAGCACGGCCAGCUCGUCAUGGACCCCAACCGCUUCGGCGGCGUCCCCGUCAUCAAGCUCGGCUCCGACUUCAAGAAGGUCUCCGACUUCCAGAAGCACAUCCCCAGCAUUCCCCGGAUCGUCGAACUCGACCACCUGACCAUCACGGGCGCCGUCAAUCUCGGCCGCAACGUCACCCUCAAGGGGACGGUCAUCAUCGUCGCCACGGAGGGGAGCACCAUCGACGUGCCUCCGGGGUCUGUUCUGGAGAACUGCGUGGUGCAGGGUAGCUUGCGGAUUCUGGAGCAUUAAUUUUGGACCUUAUUGGUAGAUUGCAUUUUUCUUCUUUUCUUUUCUUAAUUUCUUCCUUUCUUAUCUAUUUUUUUUUUUUUCUUUUUUUGGUU